GAUAUCUUUGAAACUGCAUGGAAGAUGGUGUCCCAGAAAAACUUCCAAAAAGUGUCUGAAGAUGAUUUAAAGCAGGGGGCUUAUGAUGGAGCUUCAAACAGAGGUCUCUUAGGAGAGGCUAAGAGGAUUGUCUCGACCAUGAAUGAGGUCGCAGCACCCUCUCCAGAUGAGCUGGAUGACAUAAAUGAUGUAGAUCUGUACACAGCUGAGGAUUCACAAGACCUGAAAGACCCAGAUUCUGCCUUUACUGAAUCGUCUCAGCUCUCAGCCGAUCAGAACGCUACAUGCGUCUCGCUCUUUUUGUCUGAUGGAAUUGUGGAUCUCAAUGACAACCUGGAAGAAGAGGCCCAAUUGUCUUUGGCUAUUCAAUAUUCUAUGGAGUCAAGCCGAUGGUCUCUGAAGGAUGAAGAGGAACAGCUUCAAAAAGCCUUGGAGUUGUCUAAGAAACUGAUCCAAGAGGAACACUCCUCCAGUUGGACUGAGAUCCCCAAUCUAGACCAUCAUAAGAAGGGAAAUUUUAGUAUUUCCUUAGAGGACGCAAUAAAAGCAGCCAACAUCCUCCAGUUAGAUGUUUAUGCAGGUUAUAAUAGUGACCUGAUUCGGGUGGACAUUGCUUUUGGUAAGAAGGUGAGCCAAAGACAGGUGGAGGAGAAACUGGAGCAUAGGAGCGUAAGGCACAUGUCGGACUACCACAUGAAAUGUUUGGACUUGAUCAAACGGAAGCAUGCAGUGGACAUUCAGAUUCAGGGGACUAUUAUCGCUGUCUCUGGCUUUAAAGACUAUGUGACCCAAGCACUGUUCGACGUGAAGCUGCUGCUGGAGAAGAUUUCCAACUCUGUGCCCGACAAGGAAAUCCUGAAGACUGUUCGGUGGGUACGACAUGGCCCAGCCUCCUCGGGCAUGACUCCCUAUUCUGCAGAUGUGACGGUAUUUAUUGAGAACGCCUGGAGGAUGAAGCUUAAAAAUACUGGCAUCUUGCUUGAGAGUCAACCCCACGUUAUCAACUUUGAGAAGAUGCAAGAAUAUAACGUAGCUUCUGGGAAGUCGGUGAAAAUCUCCAGGAAGUUGCUUGAAAUAGGGGAUGUGACCCAGGAUGUACCCGAGGAGGAAUACUCUCUGCUGGCAAACUUGCCUGAAGCAAGUAAAGUCAACGAAGAAUCCGAAGAAUUCCAGGAUGUGGUGAAGAAUUUCUAUGGCACCAUACAGGAAUAUCACAGCAAAAUACGAAUAAUUCAGGUGGAAAAGCUUAUGAACCGUCUGCUGUACAAUCAGUACAAGCUGAAGAAGGCGAGUGUGCUGCAACAGUCCACCCACCCGGUAGCUGAACGGACUCUGUAUCAUGGCACAAAUGACACUAGUGUGAAAGAAAUUUGUGUUCAUGGGUUCAACAGAAGCUUCUGUGGAAAAAACGCCACUGUCUACGGUCAGGGAGUGUACUUUGCUGUCAAUUCUGCCCUGUCGGUCCAGGACCAGUACUCUCCCCCAAAUGUCGAUGGAUACAAGUUUAUUUUUGUGUCGAAGGUUCUAACAGGAGACUUCACUAAAGGUUGCCAUUCGAUGAAGACGGCACCUCUAAAGGAGACUGGUGACAUUCCCCUCAGAUACGACAGCGUGACCGAUGACAUUACUAAGCCAACUAUGUUUGUCAUUUUCAACGACACACAAGCUUUUCCAGAAUAUCUCAUCACAUGUCAGAGAAUCCACCGUUGAAAGGUUGUUUUUUAGGGGAAUAAAGGACUCUAUAUUAAAGUUGAUCAUGAUUUAAUGAUCAUGCAUUUGCUCAUUAAAGGGUUCUGUAUCAGUGCACUCUGAUCCAUGGUUUGUCAAGUAUAAUAAUAAAAAUUCUUAAAGCAA